AUGUUUUUACGAUAUCCUUACAUUCAAUUAACUAUUUUCUAUUUUACUGCACUGUUCGGUAUAAGUUCAACAGCAAAACAGAAAAUCUACUAUGGUGAAGCUGAACUUGUCCAACAACUGCUCACGAAUAACUCUCAAUGGACUUAUGUUCAAGAGAAUGCCGAUGGUUUUUAUGUAAAUUUUAUUGAAAUCGAUGAUAUAUUGAGUGUGGAUGAUUUAGCUGGAUUUUUUAAACUCUUCAAAAAUAAAUCAAUUUAUUAUGAAAGUGAUGCUGAUCCAGAUCAUCAACCAUUGAAUAAAGAUAAAAUAGCAAUAGACACAUUUCAUAGUGUAGGAUGGAAUAUUACUCAAACGAGUCAAAAUUAUGGAUGGACUUUAGAACGUGAUGAAAUUUUAGGUUAUUAUAAUUUAACUGAACAUAUUAUUCGUCGACCUGAUUUCGUUCAAAUUGGUCCAUGGACAAUAUCAGGAAAUAUUUCUAAUGAUUCUGGUAGUGGACCUUAUUCGAAUGCACAAUAUCGAGCAUGGAUAAAUCAAUCAGAUGGUGUUUCAACAGAUGGUCCACUAGGUUUUUGGCAAAAUGAUUUUCAACAAAUGCGUGAAGGUAGUUAUUCAGUUGUUCAAUAUGCACAUAGUAUUGGUAAACAGGCAGCAGUUAUGCUUUGUCCAUAUGGAGCUGGUGUUGUUACAUAUAAUUCUACUAGAGAUUUUGUCACUCUAGGCAUAUCUGCAAUACAAGAACAUGAAGAUAAUGAUGCCGAUCCAGAUAUUUGGAUUAUUUUUGAAUAUGCUGAUAAUACUAUUCCAGCUGUUCCCGAACAAAUCAAUGGUUAUCCAGCUAAUACAACAACUGGUAUGGCGUUUUAUGCACUAAAACAUCGAGAUGGAGAAGAUAACACACUUGAUUUAUACAUUAAUGAAGGAAAAAUUGGACAAUUUACUUACAUAAGAGAAGAUUUUGUAUUAAGAUCAGACAUACCAAUUGGAACAACUAUGAAUUACACUCUCCAAAUAGCUAAUUAUAGUCCAUGGCUUGAUUAUGCUGCUUGUAUUCGAGUUCUUAUGUCAUCUCCUCAGCAAAAUGCAUGGUUUAUACAAUAUUCAAUUAGCGGAAUAGAUAUAACAACAAUUAUGACUAGUGCUGAUGGAUUUGUCUUUGUCCGAGAGAAUCGUGUUCGUCCUAAUACAGUACAAAGUAUUAAUAUUUCCUUUACUCGAACAUCUCUUGUAUCUGAUACUAUGACAUUAAUAAUCGAACUGGCUCCUCAUCGUGGAAGUGCUAUAGUAGAUUCAUUACAAAUUAUAAUAUAA